ACACUUAAUCACGGCUGUCAAACAAAUUGUCACUUUCUCGAUGGCUUCAAUGUUGUGAACGUGAAUUUCUUAUUUUCAUAAUACAUAUGUGUUUACUCGACAAUUUUUAUUGCUUUCCGCCGAUACAACUACGUCAUCGCUACUGUAACAUAAAUUAGUUCAAGUGACCGAUAUUACGUCGCGAAUUCGAGACGAAAUGUUAUAAAUAUGUGGCGCGCGUAACGGAUGCAUCGUUUCCUACAUUCCUUUGCCAUAAACGAAACGUAACGUUUGUUUCCUAUGUGAUGUUAUUGCAAAGUGGUGGCGGGUAGCUCAGGAAGAUGCCUUUCAAGUUGAAGUUGAAGAAGACGCGGCAGUACAAUGUAGCGUCGAAGAGUUUGUUCGUGAUCAGCGUGGAGCUGCUGGAUGGCGGGGUGGCGGACUGCACGCUGUCAGUGGACAGCACCGGGCAGGAGUGCCUGGACAACGUGUGCCAGCGGCAGGCCGUCAUGCAGCCGGAGCUGUUCGGCCUGCGCUACGUCAACCGCAGCCAGCAGCCGCGCUGGGUGCAGCUCGAGCGCCCGCUCAAGCGCCAGCUCGAGAAGUACGCGUCCUCGCACCAGCUCUACCUGCGGGUCAUGUACUACGUCAUCUCUGGCACCAGUCUGAUCACCGACGAGGUCACGAGGUACCACUACUUCUUGCAACUCAAGAAUGAUUUGAUAGAAGGCAGGAUUAUCUGUGACUGCCAGCAGGCGGUUGUGCUGGCAUCUUACAGUAGGCAAGCAGAGUAUGGUAACCAUGACCGAGAAAGGCAUACAGUAGAAUAUCUCAAGAACCUGCUGACUUUUCCCAAACAAAUGCUGGAUGGUGGACAGAUCAUAGAUGGGAGUACUUUGGCUGAGACUGGGCGGCUGGAAUGGCUGACAGAGGCUGUGAUUCAGCAUCAUAUGGCUCUGCACAACAUGUCACAGGCUCAAGCAGAAGAAGGCUUCAUCACGACCUGCCAGCAGCUCCGAGGGUAUGGCCAGGAGAUGUUCAGCGCUCGCGACCAGCUCAACCAGAGCGAGGUCACCAUCGCCAUCUCGUUAACUGGCAUCAGGGUCCUCACGGAGACCAGUGAGACGCCGCAUUUUUACAGAUGGAUGGACAUAACGAACGUGAUAAACCACAAACGCACGUUCAGCAUAGAGUGCCAGAAGCAGACAGGCUCGGCAUCCUUCACCCUGGCCUCGCCCGAGGACGGCAAGUACGUGUGGUGGUCCUGUGUGCAGCAGCAUACCUUCUAUAUGAAGCAUCAGAGUGCACUCAGUGAAGCACCUAGGGAUGAACAUAGGCCUAAGUUUCAGCAAGAGCAUGGGCUGUCGGACAGUCGUGAGGAGUUGGAUGCUCGGGAGCUGGGCAGCACGUCGCGCUUGGAGCCGCUGUCGUCAGCUCAUCGGGCUUAUUCGACUUCGUGCCUCGAGCUGGCUGAACCCCACCCGCCGCCGCCGCUGCAGAACAGAGCGCUGUUACCACAAUACCGUCCCGCCCCGGACUACGAGACCGCCAUUCAGCAGAAAUACCAGCAACAACGAGCUGAGGCCCAGCUCCGGUACCACGCGGCCACCAAGCCGUACGGCUCGCACCCCGACCUGCCGCGCUUCCCCGACGUCACGCGCCGCCCCGACCAGGACUACCCCUACGGGCUCGGCUUCGUCAACAACUACCCCUUCGCCGUCAACCCCAACGUGCAGGCUGAUCUCCAGCAACUCCACUACGUCAACGUCUACAAGCCCCCUCCCCCCUACCCCUCCAACGGCCUCGCCUCUAACUCCACCCCCGACCUCGCCGUCGCCAGCCAAGCGCUCAACUACCACCGAGGAUACAUCAACUCACAUGUCUCCGGCUCCAGUCCAGACCUAGUCUCCACGCGAACAGCCCUCAACAGGCACUUAGGAUAUAUAAACACUAGUCAUAUCAACUACGGCAGACCGAACAUAAUGCCCGGCACACACGGCACUUACAACAACCUAGCGUCAGUAUUAGACCCCAAACCUCACAUCAUUAUAGACCCCCAUCACAUAUCGGAUAAUAUACAAAAAGUUUACGACGAAAGAGGGAAUAUUAUGUACUCCAUGCCCAUGCACAGGGUACCUUAUCAAAGGCAUGUAGUAUUACCACAGAGUCAACAAAUUAAAAUAGGAGAUACUCAAGAACCUAUUUAUGAGAAUGUGCCGUUACCGUGGCAGAAUGAAGGGAAGAUCACGAUGAGGGAUCGAGCCCAGAGUCUCACUACUACGGACGAGAUCGCGCGACUAAACGAACGAAACAGCAGUCAUCCUACCAUAAACAACUACUUAUCACCCAACGUGAAUAUUCCUUACGUGCCAGUCAAAAUCGACAACCCAGACGGUCACUACGUGAACGCACAAAUCAUCAAAGGUGUUCGCGAAACCAGUGUGCCAAAAGACCUCACAGUUUCCAAUCGAUCAGUGAAUAGAGACGCGGAGUUUGAAAAUGUAGCGUUAUCGAUAGACCGGCUAUCACUACAGCACGAUGAGCGCGAAUACGACGAGACGCCGUAUCAGAGCUUAUCGACACAUCGAGUAUCGAAUAACAACACUAUAAACAAGAGUGAUAACGUUACGUCGAUCGUAGUGACGGGCUCGCGGCCCAACAUGGCGGACAUUAGCUCAAGCACGGUGGAAACUGUCACUACCAACAGUAGCAUGGACACUGAUACUUCUAAAACGAGUAGUAAGGAGAAGAAGCGGAGAAGGUGGGGGGUGUUUAUGGGGAGGGCGAAUAAGGGGGAGGUGAGGAGUGCCACGUUGGGGAGGAAUAGAGCGACGCCCGCGCCGCAUACGCAUCGAUGGUCGACGGGAUUGCCGAAGUUCCAGCCGCUGCCUCCGAGUAUCACCAAAGAGACUAUGGUCCAAAUCCUAGAACGCAAGAUGUCAGAUGACCAGCUGGCGUUCGCCUUCGAGCAGAUCCCCAAAGGCCGGGAGACGGGAGGAGAGUUCCGCACGGCACUGCUGCCGCAACAUGCUGCUCUGAAUGGUUUCAGUUCCGACUAUCUGCCGUAUGAGGACAAUAGGGUCCGGUUACAUCCCACGCCUAAUAACCCCCAUGGGUACAUUAAUGCCUCGCAUAUUACUAUGACCGUAGGCAGCACGCAACGCUUCUACGUGGUAGCGAAAGUAGGCAACGCGACGACCACCAGCACCAACGUGACCGGCUGCACGUGCGGCGGCGGCUGCGCGCUGCUGUGGGCCGCCGCCGCACAGGUGGGGGCCCCGCUGCUGGCGAGGAUAGGGGGCCCGGGGCACCCGCACUACCUGCCGCAUGAUAACACCACCAGGGACUUCGGCAAGGUAAGUCACCCCUACGUGACCACCACCAGCGCUAACGUGACGGGCUGCACGUGCGGCGGCGGCUGCGCGCUGCUGUGGGCCGCCGCCGCACAGGUGGGGGCCCCGCUGCUGGCGAGGAUAGGGGGCCCGGGGCACCCGCACUACCUGCCGCAUGAUAACACCACCAGGGACUUCGGCAAGUUCCAGGUGUCAUGCGGCACCUCCUCACGGACCGCGUGGGGCGCGUCGGUGCUGGUGCGCGUGCGCAGCGGGGCGCGUGUCCGCGAGCUGUGGCAUGUGCACUACGCGCUGUGGCACAGUCAUACUAGUGCACCCGAACAUAUACAUCAUUUCUUAGCAUUCCUCUCGGAAGUGAACAGCCUCCGCCUAGCCUGCGAGGCAGAGGCCGAAGCAGCCCGGGGAGCGAGCACGGGCGGCGUGCGCGGGGCGGGCGCGGCGCGGGGCGCGGGCGCGGCGCUGCUGUUCUGCUGCGAGCACGGCGCCGGCAGGAGCGGCACUGCGCUCGCCGCUGAUCUGCUGCAUGAUAUACUUGAUAAUAAUCAGGAGCUAGACAUCCCGCGUACAAUCAGCAUGCUGCACCAGCAACGCGCGAACCUCAUACAGAACGUGCACCAGUACAAGUUCCUGCACCAGCUGCUGUUACAGUACCUCAAGCAGUCACGACUCAUAUGAACAACUUACCCGACUUACCAGGAAAGAGGUUCCACAAUAAUAUUGCUCAUGGUGCCAACACUGCAAAGGAUUCGUCGGAGUUCGGAUUAAUAGGGACUGCUAAAAGAAUCUUUAAUUGUACUAAAAUGAGCGAAAAAAUAACGAAAAACGAAUCGAUAAUAUUUAACAGAUUAAAAAUACUACAGUGCUAUUUAAAUGCAAAUUGAUUUUACUGCAGUUUUGCACUGAGUUAGGUCAUACUUUAAGUAAAUUAAUAACUUUAUUAAUUGUUGCAUGAGAUUGACUAGUGUUUUUAAAACAUCGAUAGAGUCUAGUUGUUGAGCUAGGUUUUAUCGAUGCUUUUGUAAUCGAUAAACAAAGUUUUAUCGAUAUGAGAAUGAACCGAAACGAGCUGACAUCGACAUAAAGUAUGUUCGAUGUCUGCGAGUUGCUCAACAGAACGGAAUAUAAGAGCAUGCCUUACACAAAUUAUACCAUAAUUUGACCCUAAGGUUGAUUCAAUAUUGUAAUAUAUCAGUUCGAAAAUGAACUUUAUACACGUAGAUGUAAGAUAUAAUAUCGAUCGACUGGAUCAUAGAUCUAUUACUUAUGAGAUUUUUACGAUUGAUGACUGAGAUGAUAAAUGUUCCACCUUCAUCUAGUGAUUUUGUAUAUUAUGUAUUUAUUUAACGUUUAAUUGAUAUUUGUAUAGAAAGUGUUUUUUUAUAAACUUACAGAGAGUUUUUGUGAUUGUUGAAUGGAUUUUUAUACGAUAUACCCAAUGUGGGGAAGUUUUUUUAAUGAAUUUAUAUGUAAAGUGAUGAAAAGUAUUAUAUUGUAACACCAGAGGCAGGAUAUCUGGCUUUCUUUUUUAUAAAAUACGUGUAAAUGUGCUACUCAUCUCAAAUCUUUAUCAAACCUGCUUUGAACGGGUCUUAGACUAUGUAAUUCAAUGUUUGUGCUAACUAACAGAUAUAAACUAAAAGACUAAUUACAUAAAACUAACUCAUCUAUAAUUUCAAUACUUUUCUUUGUAUUACCGACAUUUUUACAAUAAAAACUGCCAUCGCUCAAAAGAACCACAAAUAAUACUCGUGAGUGCUUUUAUUUUGACUACUUUUAUACUCUUCGAUAUAAAUACUCCUUAUUUAUUGUUUAUUUUGGAGCAGAUAGCCUGCCUCGCUCUAGUUUAGUGUGAAUUAUAACGACGUGCCUUAGUCAGAGAUUACCGAGGAUCUGAUGAAACUAUCGCGUGCCUUCUAGAGUUACUAUUUGGACCAAGUUCACCGACAGCAGAAACCUCAAUUUUUUGUACUGUUUACUUAUUGAAAGUGAAAAUUCAUAGUAAACAGUUGUGUUAAAAAAAAUGUCGUUUAUAUUGUCUAUGAACUUGAGUUUUAGUCGUUAGCGCGGGAAUUUUGACAAUCUCAUUUUGAAAUUAAGUAAUUAUUUACUUCACAUAAAUUGUUGCAUUAUUUCACGUAAAACUGAGUGCCUUGAUGACUGAUGAAGAUAUUUAACGUGAAAUUGUAUACUAGAAAGUAUAAUUCACAUAUAAGAGUAUAUUUUUAUAGAACAGUAUUUUGAGAAAGACUGUUGUAUUGUAGGUAUGAAAUUGUUGAAAUUCUUCGUGACGGCUGUUUUAUAUCGUUCGUAUUCUAUGUGUAGUCGAUAUUGUCAGUCACCGUCUUAUUGUUACGUUCAAGUAUUAUUGCUAGGUUGAAAUUAUUUUGAAAAUCUCUCCCGUAUGAGUCGACAGUGGUAAUGUGACGUCAAUCUUCAGUAGUUUAUUCAUAUGAACACCAUGCAUUUAAAAUGUAUAAGCAUGCAAAUCUUCAAGCAUUUCUUUAAGUGGAAUUGUUAUUAAUAUUUAAUUUACAAAAGUUAAUUUCAAAACUAAGAUACCUAUAUCUGCUGUUAAAGUCAAUGAAUUAAUAUUUAAUAGCACCGUCCUACAGCCAUUUUCGAUUCAUACGUAUUGUAUGUAUAGUUGGUGCAUUGAUGUGUUCAUACCUGUAUGUAUUCGUACCUGUCUAGUCCAACGGCAACUCCAUAUUAUUGUUAAUUUGUUAGUUAGCGUACAUUCGCUUGGACCGUUUGUUUUGUAUGCACAAAAUAUUAUCAAACUAUUAAGGUAUACAGUUUUUUAGUCACUAUUUUUUUUACAGUGUUAAUCGUGUUCUUUUUGUGAUGUAUUUAUGAUUUGAAAUAUUUUUUUACUACAGAAAGCUCUGUGUAAUUCCAGUAUUGAUACUUUAUGGAUAGUCCGUCCGGCACGAGUGCCGCGCUAUAAAAAUGAAGGAAUAUCCAAAACUUCAUGAGAAACUGACAAUAAAAUGUACUAAGAAACGUU